GAAUAAAUCCAAAACUUAAAACAAAACAGGAGGAAAUGGAUGUUGUAGGAAAUGUAGAUCAGGGUCAGGCAACAAUUCCAAAGCCUUUUCUUUCUCUUGGUACUCGAGGAAAUUACAUUCGGAAGUUGUGACGAAGUGGAAGGAGGAAAAGAGCAAGGAAUGUUGGUGGUAACCAGGUUGAUGGCUCAACAAAACCCACUGGAGCAAUUGCAAGCCAAGUUCAAGGAAGUUGAGAACGGGUUCAAGGCUUGGCUAGACAAACAGUCCAUGCCAGUCGAGGCGGCCGUGGUAACCGCCACAGGCGCCGUUCAGGGUGCUGCUAUUGGUGCUUUAACGGGCAACCUCACCAAAGAUGUUUCCUCUUCUUUUCCGACUCCUCCUCAGGCUUCCCUCAAUCAUCAGGCAAUGGCUUCUCUCAAGCAAGCCCAGGCUCUAUCAGGAGCUCCCUGGGUACAAGCUCGUAAUUUUGCUGUGAUGACUGGUGUCAAUGCUGGCCUAGCUUGUGUUAUGAAAAGAUUGAGAGGGAAGGAGGAUGUUCAAUCUAGCAUGGUGGCGGCUUUUGGUUCUGGGGCCAUGUUUUCUCUAGUGAGUGGCAUGGGCGGCCCGAAUCAGGCUGCAAAUGCAGUCACUUCUGGACUUUUUUUUGCGCUCAUUCAAGGCGUGCUUUUCCAGUUUGGACAAAAGUUAUCACAACCACCUGUCGAGGACAUGUACUAUUCCCGAACAAGAUCCAUGUUAAAUAGUCUCGGGCUCCAGAACUACGAGAAGAAUUUCAAGAAAGGCUUGUUAACUGAUAACACAUUGCCUUUGCUCACCGAUAGUGCACUUAGAGAUGUGAAAAUUCCACCCGGACCGAGGCUCCUUAUUCUCGAUCAUGUUCAAAGUUUUAGCUCCACCUUCUAAGAAGGGUAAUUAUGACUGUCGAACUUGAUCUCACUUUCAUCAGGUUUGUCGUCUCUAGAGACCCAAAAUUGAGAGAGAAGUGAGGAAGCCGUGGGUGAAGUUUGAUCAUCAAAGUCAGUUCAUCAUAAGGGGCGUUUUCAUAUAUCUCGGAAACUAUAGAGAAGGGGUGUGUUUUUUGUUUUGUUUUCAUUGAAAUGAAAUUGUUUUUGUCAUUGUUUUGAUAUAUCUCCAUACUAAACAUAGGAUGAUAUAUUCAAGAGCUUGAAUGCAACAAUUUUGAUAUUUGCAUA